AUGUUCGGACUACCUCAGCAAGCACCUUCGGAAGAAGAAAAAAAGGUCCACCAACAGCAAUCGAACCAAACCCUGAUCACUGCUGGGUACGCUGCUGCUCUUCUGUGGGUUUCGCCAAUCGUGUGGCAUUUCGUCAAGAGACAAUGGAAAUAA